CCAAUUCAUUUUUUCGCUCUCUCUCUCUCUCCCCCGCUUCGUGCUGUGUCCAUUUUGCCCUGAACGUUCUGCUGCCCUUUGCGAACAACACAGAACUAUGCUUGCGGAAAUGCCUCAAUAUAAUCAACAUAUAUGACAAGAACUAUAAUUAGCAGCUACUGCUUCACAUUAUUUCUCUAAGGAUCUGCCUCAUACUGCGCUUUGUUCUGAUUAAGUAUCAAAGCCCAUAAUAUGGAUUCCGAGGGCCGUUCACCAGCUUUCGGAGAAACCGACAGCACCACCGAGCAAGCACCAAACUGCGAUGGAUUUCAAAAAGUCCCAUGCUUCAGGAGUCCAACACUUGGCUCUACUACAUCACUCGGUCCGGACUUUACAGUAACCACACCCACAGCAUCGCUGAAUUCACUGUCCUCCUUGCCACAAACCGCUAGUUAUAGCUUCGUCGGCACCUUGACAGAUCCACCAUCUGUGACCUCUUCACCAAACACAGUGGGACUAGAGACGCCUACUGCUGCUACAAUUACAUCGACCAUUGCGCCUGUGUAUACGACUGAGACGAGUCCAUCUGAAACGGCUCCUAGCGAUAGUAGUCCACAUCCCAAUACGAAAACAACAAUCGCUAUCGUUGUACCAGUCGUUGUUGGAUCCGUUGCUAUAAUCAUUGCAAUCGUUGCCUUUCUCCUCUGGCGGCGGAGGAGGAACUCGAAAGCCAAUAAGAACAACCGAGCUGCCCCUGGUCCUGAAAUGAGCCGCGAAGCAGGACCGGUUUUUCUACCGGGAAAUAACGGAGAUAGAGGACAGAUGGAUGUAGGGUGGUCUCAUGCUGCGUUCAGAGAAUCUGUUCCACCGACUUACCAGCAUCACAACAUCUCUACUCCUAUUAUUCAGAGCACAACAGCGUCAGAGGUAACGCUCAUGCAUUCUCCACUCCCACCAUCAAAUGUUCCUUCUCCUCCUCCUCCUCCGCCGCCGCCGCCUCGAUAUUCGACUAUAUCUGCACGCGAGCGAAGCCAGAUGUAUAAUGAUGAGCGUCAUUCAAUCCUGACGAUCGAAAAUCUAGCUGCGCUUCACGGGUGGGAAGGUAGCGAAGAUACGCGAGGAGUGAGAGAUUCGAGAGACGAGGGCGCUCAAUCACCUUUUAGAGACCCGUCUGAUGGGACAAGUAUAAUAUCGCCCGUUUCGGAUAUAGAUAGCCCGACUGCGAGGCGACAUGGUAAUGGAGAUGAGGAUUCUCUGGUAUCGUCGCUGGGCGAUGAGCAUAGAGGGAGUCAUAGGAUGCAAUAAAAUGGGGUGAAGGUGUAUCUUCGUGAUUAUUCGUUCAUUCAUUAAAGAAAAAAUAUUUUUUUCAUGGUGUUAUAUACUUAGUCUUUCCGGUC